CCGCCAGGUUAUUUAAGCGCGCGGUGGGUUGAAUGAACGCAGACGAGAGCGGUGCACGCGCUUGGGAGCUGCUCAGUGGCGAUACACGCUCAGCGCCAGAAGCGAACACGAUGAUGCAGAAGCUGUUGUUGCUCGCCUGCCUGUUGGCGACGUGCCGCGCCCUCAGCACCAAGAGAGAGCGCGCGGAGGUGAUCGACGGUCGAGUGGAGCUCGAGUACCAGGCCCGCAUCACGGCCGUCAGGAAGGUCAUACGCGAAACGGAGUUUGUCACCAAGACGCAAACCAUUAUCGACUCGCCGUACUGCGUCAGCUACGCCAAGGACCUGCCGGCCUGUACGCCGACAGAACCCAUCAAGCCCAGCAGGACCAUGCGGCGAAUGGCUAAGUCUGUGGCGCCGGAGGUGGUGGCCGCCGCCGGGCCGCCGCCGACCAUCGACGCCAGCAUCGACGGCGACCUACAAGUCAUCGAACUCGUCGGCGUGGACGAGAGUUGCAUGAACCAGGACGAGGGCGUCACUUUCCUCACCACGCUGCUGGAGACGCAGACGAUGACGGUGACGCGCACUCGGCCUGGCGCGCAGACCGUCACCAUCAGCAUCGACGGCUGCCUGCCAUCGCCGAUGCCGUUCAAUGCACCCACCUGCUAGGCGCGACGUCUGGCGGCGGUGGGCGGAAGCGAUGGUAUAGGUGGCGCUGGCGGCACGCCGCGGACAGCUGGUGAUGCGGGUGUGUCGUGAGAGCCGCGAUCGUGGCUGUCAGAUGAGUGCGAGUGAGUUAUUUGCCGUUAAGGCUGGUCAGUAUUUUUGGGGGUGCAGGCCGACACGCAGCAUGGGGUUGUGAUGAAUUGUUGGCUCUCUUAGUACCUCACGGUUAUAACCCUGUGAUUUAGAGGCAUUGUUUCGAUGCUGUUUUCGUUUGUUACGACUGCUUCCUGGACCAUGAGAACACCGGUGGGAACUUGUCAGGAGGCUCUGUUGAAAUUCAGAGGACAUUGGUUGUUCCUAAUAAACAUGCAAACGAAU